UUCUCUCCAAUGCACACAUUUCGUGCAGGCUACAAAGCAGCUGACCUAACAACAAAGAUCCUCACUGCACAGAGGAGAGUAGGGUGAAAGGAUAGGAGAGGUGACAGCUCUUAGUCAGUUAGCAGUGUGGGACUAAGUCUCCUGGAAAAAGUCUGCAUGACAGGAGCAGUGGGAGAACAAGACAAUAACCACAAGACAAAAAGGAAAAACACCUGGAACAGCCAAGCUAGGGGAGCACUACAGCUAAAAUCUGACAUUUGACAUCAAGGGACAUUGUUGAACGUGAGCAAAGGAUUCAAGUUUACAAGACUGAUCCAUGGAAGCUAAAAACUGGAGGCUGUGUUCUGUGAAAAGCUCAUUUUUGCCAAAUUCUAAAAAACUAACACAAGUGUCAGGAGUGCAGUUUUAAGCCGAUUGUUGGCAGUGAAAACUAUGCCUCUAUUUAGCUGGAUAAAGUGGCCGCAUGAGACAAGAGUGCAGACUCAGGAUGAAACGCCAUCUCUGAACAGCUCAGGGGUUGUGCCCAGCCGUAUGUUGAUCUCAGAGCUCUUAUGGCAUGUGGAAGAACGCGAACGACUGGCAAGAGAACUAGAGCGGGAGCACAGACUGGCCCACACUGCCCUGGGUCUCCACUGGUUUCAAAAGUACCCCAGGCUACGAACCCUUAUUCCCUCAUCAGAGCUACACCAGCUGGAGUUCCUGUGUGCCCAGAUCCCACCUAUGCACGCAGCCACCAUUCUCUCCAGGUUUCGUGAGGUGCUUGCCACAAACAACAUAAGACCCUGGGAGUUAGCGUCUGUCUUCAAGCAGGUCCUGAUGGACUUUCUGAGCCAAAGAGAAUAUGAAGAGGAAGCCGACUUCUCAGUGCAGCCGAAACAGUUCCAACCAAUGGAGGCUUGGACCAGCCGUUACAAAAUGAAACAAGGCUUUGUCACGCCAACAGUUCCCAACUGUGGAGAACAUCUGAGGGAAGAGAUCCCAACAGUUUCUGGAUACGUGGAUCGAGUCAUGCGGCACUCGAGUUCCUUCACAGCCAACAGGGACUGGGACCUUCCACAUUUCUAUCCGGCACCUUUCAGGCCCAAAGGAGCAUAUAGCACAACACUGUGAUACAACACACUCUUUACCAAAAUUGUAAUCCUGUGUUUCACAUUAUUAAAAAAAAGUCAUAUCCACAGCAUGAAGAUGAAAACAAGCAUUUGUAUAAGUGGCAGAUAUUCAAUUACUUAUUAUAAUGUGAAAACAAUAUUAGACUACGAUGCUAAACAUCCUAUUAUGUUUUAUUGCAAUAAUUGUUUUAUUGUUCUUUGUGAUCCUGCUUCCACUGAAUGAAUGGUUUAUGUAAUCCUGAGAACAAACCCAUGACACUUUGUAGAGAGCCAAUGCAUUAUAAAAGGUAUGGAGCCAGAUAGUGGAAGUUUUCUACUAAAUGCAGAGGACAAGUUUUUCAGCUUAAGUAUUAGUAAAUGUUUGCUAGUAACUGUUCUUCAUAAGCUGCAAAUGUGAGAUCUUUUAAACACACAGUUUUUAGAGCCCAACAAAUGAAAAAUAAUGAAAUAUUAAA